AUGUCGGCUACAACUCAUAUCCUAAACAGGAAUAUGCCCUACUUGAAGCAACAAUUUUCAGCUCUACUACGUAAUACCUCACCGGUAAUCACAUUGAUCUGCUUAGUCACGGCUGUCGGCUAUUUACUAUCAUUCAGCGAGACAGCAGUUUUAUAUUUAACAGUAACGCCUGGUUAUAUAUUACCCAACACAGAAUUUUGGGUUUGGACUGCCUUUACAUUUUGUUUUAUGGAAUUGCAUUGGUGGGAAGUAUUGGUCGAUGUGAUAACUGUCGGCUUGUGCGGUAAAAUGAUAGAACCUCUGUGGGGUCAAAUGGAAAUGUUUAAAUUUUUUGCGUUAAGCAAUAUCGGUGUGUCUAUAUUGACGACAAUGUAUUAUUUAUUUAAUUAUAUGAUUACUAAAGACCCAUUAAUCUUAUUCGAUGUACAUAUACACGGCCUCGCUGGCUACGUGGCAGGGAUAUGUGUAGCAGUACGUCAAAUUAUGCCGGAUCAUUUAAUUUUCAAGACACGUUAUGGCAAGUUAACAAAUAGAAACGUUCCGUUAACUGUCCUUAUAUUGUCUAUUGUAUUUUGGGUUAUAAAACUGUUGGAUGGCACUUACCCAGCGAUGUUUGCAUCGGGUCUGCUUGUUUCAUGGGUAUACUUACGCUUUUAUCAGCAUCAUCCUAACGGUCGAGGCGAUAGCUCUGAUAGCUUUACAUUCGCCAGUUUUUUUCCCAGUGUAACACAACCUGUUAUCAGUAUUCUAGUGAAUCCGAUUUACAUGUGUUGUUUAAAAAUGAGUAUAGUAAAACCUCCAGCUCCUCCUCGUAUAUCUUCAGCAGCCUGCUUAAUGUCAAUUUCUGUUUCAAUGCCAGGAGUAGAUCCUCACGACAUAGAAAGACGAAGGCAAAUUGCUUUGAAAGCCCUAAGUGAACGUUUAAAAUCUACCGAAAACUCCCGACAUAAUCAAUUGCCAAAGUCAUUUCCGACAGUAGCCGGUCAACAUCACCAACCACCGCAUAAACAUCAUGGACAGCACCAACAUCAUCAUCAUCAGCAUCUUCAAAGUCACAGUCAUAGUCAUGGCCACUCCCACGACCACCCCAUCGGUGGUGGUCAUAGUGACGUGAAUACUCCUGCUUUCCUCACGAAAUCUGCUAGCACAAUACCCGCGCAGCCUAUAACUACGGCUCGCACAGAGCCGCGUAUGAUCAGCACAAUGAGUCCCAUAGCUAUACCCAUGCCUGCGCCACCUCCCAAAGCAAUAGCUAAUCAAAAUGCAAUAAUAGCCACUGAUGAACACAUGGACAUUCGUGAUAAAGCGUUACUAAUUGAUAUGGAUUCUAAUAGUCAGUAAACUUAAAAGAAAAAAAAACACUAAACAAAGUUAUACAGAAUGCAAAAAAAUAAUUGGUAAAUUAAAACUAACUACUUUCA